GUCAGAGUUGGUGAUUUUUAUCUCUUGUCAACGGAGUAUGGAAGAACUGUUUAAAUACGCAAUGAAUAAAAGGUGAGGUGUUCUAAAUUAUCAGUUGUAGCUAUAGUUCUCCUGAAUUUUAAUGAAUCAAUCAAUUCAUACGAGCCGUUUAAUUAGCUCCCAGGUAUUUGUGGGUAGAUCGCUUAGCCUGGAAAUCAGACUGAAGCCGCAGGGUGUCGGUAUGAUCCUAUGUGUGUGUAUUGGGAUAUGUGAAUUUGAGGGUGUAUAAAUGUACACUUACAAAAGUUGUACUGAGUGGUACCCAGGGGGUGCCUGUGUCUAUUUCACUGAAGCAGAGUUACCAAAGGGAGUGUUAACGGCAAGCUGCGAGGCGGAGCUUCAGGAAUUGAUGAAACAGAUUGACAUCAUGAUGGCCACGAAGAAGAAGGACUGGGAACACCAGAUUACGAGCCUUCAGAGUAAAAUGGAGAUCAAGGACAAGGAGAAUCUGCUACAGAAGUCUACUAUUGAACAGAAGCAUAAAGAGAUUGGUCAUUUACGACUUCAGGUUGAGACAAUGGAAAAAUCUCACAGAGAAUUGGUCACUUGUUAUGAGCAGCAACUGACUAAUCUCAAAAAUGAGGUUCAGAAAGUAAAGAGAGAUUAUGAGAGACUGAGUAAGAAGCACGUGAAACAGAUCAAAGACCAUCAGCGAGAUAAGGACAAAAGUCACACAGAUUUACAGGACAGUAACAGUGAGAUAGGACGACUCAACAACAAGAUACUGGAGUAUAGACAAAAAGCCAAGGACUGGGAGUUACAGAGGAGGACGUUUCAGAAGCAGAUUGAGGCUCUGGAGUCCCAGAGAAAAGCCCUGACAGAGAAAUGUGAAUUCAUUCAGAGCCAGUCCCAAACUUACCAAUCUCAACUCGAUCGCAGAAAACAGAUGCUCGACUCGACCGAGUUGAGUCUCAAAAAUCAGAUAACUCAGUUAGAGGGGCAGUUAGAGCGGACUAACGAUACACUAACAUCACAGGAGACUAAGGUGGAGAAGUUGAAAUCCUCCCUGGAUGAUGCCAUGACAGCUCACAAAAAAGCCAUGGACGACAACGAAAAACUUCUCAACGACCUCAAGAAGGCCAACGACACAAUCAGAAGCUAUGAGGAGGAGAAAGCAGAGCUGGAGAGUGAGUUGAGGACAAAAGAGGACCUGUUGAGGGCAUUAGAUGAGGAUAAAGGCCUCCACAGUGAGAGUAUGACAAAGAUGGAGCAAACGCUGGCAGAAAAAGACGAGAUCAUCAAGUCUCUGAGUGAUAUAAGACAGAAGGAGGAGAGUGACCAGAUUCGGUUGAUGAGGGAAUCCUUGGAGGACGCCAAAGACGAGGCCAGGAUGUGCAGAAAACAUGAGAAGGAAAUGAAGGAAGAGUUGUCUAGCUUACAGUCACAUCUCCAGCGAGCUGUGGAGGACUGUGAGAGGCUGACCGAUCAACUAGAACAAAAGAAAACUGAGCUGACAAAGUUGGAAAAUGGUGAAGUGAAGAGGCUGCGAGCAGAAGUCAGCAAAUUAAGAGAGCUACAGCUCUCCCAGAAAGACGCCUACGAAUCGGAGGUCCAAGGAUUAAAGACAGAGAUUACACGCCUGACCAAAGACCUGCAUGAUCGCACCAAAACAAUGGCAAACUUAAGUGAAGAAUCCAGCCAUGUUGAGGCCCAGUUGAGGAAUGAGGUCGAGGCUCUCGACAGAAGACAAGCGGAGCUACAGGUUGCAAAUGCACAGAUUGAAGCACUCCGGCUAGAAAACCGCCACUUACGUCAGACCAUUUUACAACAAGCCAAAAACGAUUCCGAUUUUGACAAGGUUCAGGAUCACCUUACGGCCGUACAAAAUGCUUACACCACAACCAUCAUGAAACUGGAGCAAGAAAAUCGUCAGUUGCGGGACGACCUGUCAUGUUUGCGGGAGGAAAUGAACGAGAUGGAGGAGAAGUUUGAGGAACAGUUACGCCUAGCGCUGAGGGACUCGGAAAUGUCAGCGCAGAGUAUCAGGUCUAAAGAUGAUAGAAGACUCCAGAGAUUGGAGGAGGACUCCCAGAGGAAGUUACACGCGGUCCAGGAGAGAUUGGACUCCACCGUACAGCGAUACGAGGAGGAGAUCAGCUACUUACGCAGUCAGAAGGCCCGCCUAGAGGAACAGCUCGACAUGGAACGAAACAGUAACUACAGUCAGCCAGUGAGCGGUAUUGACCAUUACGACGUAGAGUUAGGAGGGACUCGGGCUAAUGGUGAUGGGGAGGUUCACCAUGAGGCAGAUAACAGUUUUGAGACCGUCCUCAGCAGUCAGGCUAUGUCCAUCUCAGAGAGUGUCAACGACUAUGCACUCAAUGACGACUAUGGCAAUGUAGAGGACUCGCAUUCAAGGAAUUCUGUCUCAGAGAGAUUUUUAGCGGCAGAAAAUCAAAGAGCAAGAGAACUCGAGAGACUAAUUGACUCGCACAUAGAACAGCUAAAAAUAGGCACAGAGGCCACACUCCGCAAGUACAAUGUCAAGAGGUGAUGGGGAAUUCGUCAUUAGAGUACUGUGUUCUUGUGUUCAGUGAUUAAUGGAUGAACAGGGUGAUUCCACUCAGCCAAAGGGGGAAUUUCUGUGAUAUCUUAGAUGAAGUGCAAUUUGGAAAUUUAGCCUAUUUAUAGGACAGAGGACUUCUAUGUCUCAGAUGUUUUUGUCAGUUUAUGUACCUGACAUGGGGUAUAUGAUCAAAGUCAGGAGUAUUGGUGAUUAUGUGUGUAUGCCUUGACUUUUGUUGUAUAAUAUGGUGUACUUUAUACCAGUGAAUUGAACAGGUUUUGAAUCUGAGAGAAACUUGAGAUAUUCUUAAAAAUUGUAAAACUUCAUGGAUGCCACUUAUACUCUGAACUGAUUUAUUUAGAUGAGCCUGUGAUAUUUGAGUGAAAUUUAUAUUUAUCUAUUUAUUUCAUUAUCAUCCUUUGUAAUUUCUAUUGUAUAUCAUUGAUACUGUAGAUUCCUUAUUUUUCGUGAGUACUUUUUAUCGUGAAUUGGCUCUUCAACAGCAAGUCGCUAGAAUAAGAAUUCGCAAAUGGACGGUUGAUCAAGAGUUUUAACAUAGAUUUCAGCACCAUAAAAAUAAAGGCGAGUAAUUUUAUUUCGCAUGUGGUGUUUUUCGCAAAAUUGCGCAAUAAUUAAUUCCACGCGUAUAUUUAGGAAUCUACAGUAGUUGACAUGAAAUAGACCAACUUGGUGUAUGUGUAGAAAUUCAGGUCAUACAAUGCAUGAGAAAUCAAUCAAUUUUCUGUUACACACACUACCGCACUCUGUUAUUGUUUUUUGUUGAUUUCUAUUUGCACAUGUUAAGUGAACACAUUAUGAAUGCUUUAGAAUUCUGUAUUUCUCUUGUAAAUUAAGUGAAAACAAAAAUGUAUUGGAAUCUUCGAUUGUCAGCAAUGCACAAAACCUCAUUGUAAGGAUUGGAAUUGUGAAAAUCAAAUUUUUGUAACCAUUACAACCUUUCCUUACAAAAUCUUUCAUCAUGUUUAUACCUGCAUUUGCACAUGUAAA